AUGUUUCCCAAGGGGUUUGCCUCCUUACUCGCAGUUGCCGGCCUCGCCUCUCAAGCUGCAACAUCAGUGCAGCCCGAACCCCCCAGCGACUGCACUUUCAAAGCAUGGGUUCGUGCUCCUGACCUGGCGCCAAACACCAUCGUGACUGGCGACGUACGCGUAAAGGCAGCUAGGUCCUACGAAGUUGAAGCUAUCAACGUCGGACUGCGCUACAAAGAACGUCGCUUCGUUAAGACGGUGCGCGAAGGCGAGGUUUUGCCCAGUCAUCCUGGUCAAGGUCCAAGAACUAAGAACCUAGGUGCUAUGCCAGUAUCGCCAUGGGAGCUGCCAACGCACUCGGAAUGGUUCAACCCUGGCGAGGCCCAUACAGAGUAUCUAAAGGCGUAUUUGAACCAGACACUUUGGGACGUGUCUGAGGAAGAGCUAGUACUGUUCGAUAUCAGACAUCCGGUAAACCUGGCCCAGCGACCCGGCGUUAACUUUGAGUUGUUUAGCAAACUCGAGGAGAGGUUUUCCAUCCUGGUCCCGAACACAAACUUCCCACCUGCUCCGGCGUUUGCCGAGCGUGGGUUCAUGUCAUCUCAGGCAAAGCUUGGCGAAAUGAAGUAUUCAGAAUACGUUUACGACUACUUUGUGGAGAUCACCACGACCAAUGGAAGCAAGGUGGAAGUACCUGCCGGGAUUACAGCCUUUCAGCCGAUCAUCGAGGCAUCAGAAGGAACACCGAUAACAGAGACAGUCAACAUGAAACUACGCGACGGGAUCUCUGACAAGUCAGAUGAUACAAAUAUCACAUACACAGUCGAGAUCACGCUUCCUGAAGGGCGCACGCUGACUCAAGGGAGCACCACGAACGUGACUGCCGUCAUCCACAGAAUGGGCCCGGCAACGGGUACAAGUCUCGAAGCGCGCGUCGAUCUUUUCAUGGGAGCGAAGGGCAAUGAGCAUAACCGCGUGAAUCGCAUCCAGCCAGCACAGGACUUGAGAGCGCAGCUCCGCGCCACUGCCGCCACCGCCGCCGAAGAGCCUGAAGACCCGAGCGCUCUCCCUCAGUACCGCUUCUACCCUAAGCCCAGGGGACCAUUCAUCCUGCCGUCCGCUACUCCUGAGGAGAUCGCCACCGGGGCUAUAAUCAGGACGUCUUCCGUCCCAAUUACAAUCCCCAUAGCUGUUAAUUCUCGGGCGAUGCCCGACUUCGAGACGCGAUGGUCAACGUUCGGGCACCGCCUCGGUAUUUCUCUCACGAUCGCAGAGCCCAACAACGACGCACCUUCACCAAGGCGAGCGGGGUCGCCCUAUAUGCCGUUCUUUGUAGACGAUGACGACUACGAGUGGACACCGUGGAGCACAAAACCUGCGUCGGAUGUUCCACCGACGAAGAGGACGUCGUACACAGGGAUCACAGAGGUGCCAGUGGUCGUUGUGCCGAUAUCUCCUUCCGAUUCAGCUCCCAUCGCGGGCAAGGCGAGCCCAUCGGCCAGUGCAGGACAAGAGCAGCAGAUCUUCAAUGUUGGCAACACCGCAACUGACAUGCCUCCGCCCGUCUGGUACCUCACCCCGGGUGCUCGCAGCCCUGUCUUUGUGGACCGCUCGUCUGUGGACGACCUCUUGACAAAACUGCCUGCUGAGCGGGAUGCGCUUGCUCCCGUGAUAGAUGCGAAGCUGCAUUCAUACCCCGAGGACGAGUGCUUGUACGUCGUCGACGGAGCCACCGCACCUCCCUCCGUACCACCAGCCGCCGACCCGCCUCCCUCGGUCUCGUAUACGCUCGAGGUCGUGCUCGUGUCUCCUGUUCUCGCCGAGCUGGAUGAUGCCGUGGAGCUGGCUGCGGAUAUAGAUGGUGAGGAAGACGCAGAGUCAGGGGAGAAGGCGAGGGUCCAGCUCUCGAGGAGGACGAAGCGCCUAGUGGGCUCGACGCGCACGCGGGACGAGUCCAGGGCGUGGUAG